UCAGCUGUAACAGGACACAGGAAGAAUAAGAUGUUGGCAACACUGAAGUAUUUGGGAUUUCUUCUGAUCCUCUCUUGCUGUUCAUCAGAAGAGCCACGUAUCCUAAAAUUUGUUGUGGCUGUAUUUCGGCACGGCGAUCGGUCCCCCAUAGAGUCUUUUCCUAACGAUCCUCACAAAGAAGAAGUGUGGGCUCAAGGCUUUGGACAACUGACAGAGUUGGGGAUGAGACAGCAAUAUGAAUUAGGAAGAUUUCUGAAGAAACGCUAUGAAAAAUUCCUCAGUGCAGAUUACAACUGCAAAGAGGUGUACGUGCGCAGCACCGACUACGAUCGCACGCUUAUGAGCGCUGAAGCCAAUCUGGCGGGGCUGUUUCCCCCAAAUGUGCGCCCGCCUCCCAUCCAGCACCAACUGCUGUGGCGUCCGGUCCCAGUACACACUGUCCCCAGAUUCCAGGACAAGUUGCUGAAGACACCAUUUAAACACUGCCCCAAAUUCAGAGAUUUGAUGGCUGAGACCUUUCGCAGUGAAGACUACCAGAAAGUUCUCAAGACCUAUAAGGGAUUCAUUCAAGAAUUGUCAAACCACACUGGCUACCCAGUGGACAGACUGGCAGUGCGGAAAGUGUGGAGGGUCUAUGACACCCUCUACUGUCAGAGAAUUCACAACUUGACGAUCCCAUCCUGGGCAACCCAGGAAGUGUUUAAUACUCUGGAGGAAAUUGCAUCCUUUGAGGUUAUGUACAGCGUGUUCACUCACAAGCGCAAAGACAAGGCCAGAUUGGCAGGAGGGGUGUUGCUGAAUGCCAUCCUGGGGAACUUCACAAGUGCUGUGCAGAAGGAGAGUCCACUCAAACUGAUCAUGUACUCAGCCCAUGACUCCACGCUUAUCACUCUCCAGGCCGCCCUAGAUGUAUACAAUGGCCGAUUACCCCCUUACGCUUCCUGCCAACUCUUUGAGUUUUACCAGGAGAAAGACGGGUCAUAUUCGGUUGGGUUAUUUUACCGAAACGACUCAACCCAUGACCCCUAUCCUACCCCUGUGCCUGGCUGCACUGCCAACCCAUGCCCUUUAACCGUCUUCAUUGAGGCUGUGAAAGAUGUCAUCACACAGGACUGGGAUGCAGAGUGUGGACUGAAACAGGCCGGGUCAGAAUCCAGUGUGGUUACAGCUCUUGCAGUGGCAGUGGCUGUCCUAGGUGUGGCACUGUUGGGAAGUAUAGUAGCCUUUAUUUACAGGAGAGGGAACUACCAUGCAGUGGACAAAUAGCCUCACAGAAACACUUUUUAUGUGGCUGCAAUGUUGUCGUGAAAAUACUGCUGUGAUUUUAUAACACUGUGAGAAGGCUGUGCUAGCUUGGUAAAGCGAAUGAAGUGGACAGUCCACAAUAACUGAGAUGGGAGAGAAUGAAGCAGGACGGGAGAGGGAUAUUAUUAUGCAGCAGUAAAAAGCAUAAAUCUGAGUCUAUGCAACCACACAACUGUGAUUUCUGGGUGUACCUGUAAUGCCUAUGUUUUAAUCUGCCUGGCUGUGGUAACACAGAAACAUUACUUGAUAUGAAUCUACCUGGUUUUCUUUGAAUAUUUAACUGACUACAGAAUUCAACUAAUUUGUUAUAAUUUUUUUCUAAUAGGGUAAUUUACAUGGCCAGAUUCCAAAUUUAAGUGGUAGAUAAAUUAGAUUUGAAUCUUUUUUUGUUUAAUAUGAAUAUGCAUACAUUUUGUUUUUAAUCAAUUUUUUGGAAUGAAUUAUGCUGUCUUUGUUCAUAUACAGUAACCUGCUCAUAUAACUGCUCAUUUGAGCAAUGACCUUUGUGAUGUAAUUGUGAAAAAUCUAUUGUAGUUUUUGGAUAAGUAACAUCAAUAACCACAAGACCUCAUCAAGCUAAUUUAUUCUCAAAUUAAAAAUGGAUAAAUCUUAAAAUUUUCUUUGUUUAAAGAUGACUGUGACGCCUUUAGUAAUGUAUACUUAUUGCAUAUUUCCUUUGAAUUCAUGAAUGUGUUUCAAAGUAGAAACAACAUUAAAAUUUUAA